UUUCUAUUUACAUUUUUCGUACAUACAUGUUCCAAUAAAUAACGUGGGAAUUAAAAGUGUCGAUGAAGUAUUUAUUGUUUAUAUCAGUUAAUAGUUGAAAAAAUUUUCACCAAAUAUGAGUACAAUAUUUUAUACCGAACCCGAAUUAGUCAUUGCUCUGGCAAAACGCAUAAUAUUUGUGAAUCCUAAUGAUUUGCAAAUAUUUAAGGAAAUUAUUUUGCCGGAAGAUUUAACAAAAUGUGAAGUUAAAAUAGUGAGCCAAAUAAACAAUGAUGCUGAACAACAGGAAGAGGAAACAAAACAGCAGCAGAAUUUUUCAAAGGAACAGCCUACACUGCAACAUGUAAAGAUGUCACCAGAUCAUCAACUAUUGGCAGUAACUACGGCCGGUCAGAAGGCCUUGUUAUUGUAUCAUCUAAGACCAGAACAUGCCAAGCUAGUAUCGAUUAGAUCAUUGGCCAGAGCAUCAUCAGCUUUAGCUUUUAGUACUGAUUCAAAACGUUUGUUGGUUACUGACAAAACCGGUGAUUGCUAUGAAUACGAUUGUGAGAAUUAUGAAGCUGUGCCUAAGUUAUUGUUGGGUCACUUAAGUAUUGUUUAUGAUAUUAUAUGGUCCAAAGAUGAAAAGUUCAUAAUAACCUGUGACAGAGAUGACAAAGUACGUGUUACCAACUAUCCGGCAACCUAUGAUGUACAUAGUUAUUGUUUGGGCCACAAAGAAUUUGUAGCAGGCUUGGAACUUUUAAACAAUGAUGUUCUUGUUACAAUUUCUGGCGAUAAAACAUUAAGAUUGUGGGAUUUUAGAGAAGGCAAAGAACUUAAUAGAGUAGAAUUACCGGCUCCGGGUAUAAAAUUGGCUCUAAAGUCUAUAGAAAGCGAUAAAUAUGAAAUAUCAGUUUUACUUCAUCAACCUAAUGAAUGCGUGGCUACAUAUGCAUUGACACAAAACAAUGAUAAGCAAUGGCAAUUUUCUGCUCCACAAUUGCUAACCUUUAGCGAUAUGAUAUGCUGUAACUUGGCAUAUGCUUUAGAUAGGUUAUAUGUUACCGGAGUUGUAAAUGAUCAUUUGGUAAUAAAGGCAAAUGGUCCUGCAGCACCUCCAAAUUGGAUACAAAUGGUUGAAGAACAAUUCAAAGAAUAUACUUGGACUCCCGAGGAUAUAUCGGUGUGGUUUAAAAAGAAAUACGAUAAUGUUAGCGAGUAUUUGGAACGUAAAAAAAGACGCAUUGAGGAAAAACAGAAAUGAAAAGAGAUAUCAUAUACCCAAUAGAAAAAUAAAUGUGACAAUAAAAAAUAUUUAAUAAAAUACAUUUGUUCUAUUUUAAUAGUUUUUUAUAUUGAUUUUGUAAAUGUUU